CCUGCAAUCCAGUCCGCGUUUUGCUUCAGCCGCUCCGUCCCGCCCUGGAAUCCGGCUCCGGGUCUUUCCUUUCCUCCAGCUGUUUUACGCAUCUGGCCAGCCGCGCCUUCUCCUCCGAGCUGAGUAGCAGCAAAAGCAGGAGCAGAAGAGGAAAGGGACUCUCUCUCUCUGUGUCUGUCUCUCUCUGAGCUCGAGCAGCGACCAUGUCCGGGGAAGAGGCCGCCGGGGGCGAUGCAGGAGCCCCUCCCGCAGCCGCCAACAACGCGGCGUCUCCCCCGACGGAGCCGCCUCAGGAGAAAGAGGCGGCGGCGGUAGCAGCGGUGGAAGAAAGCAAGCCCGCCUCUUCGGAGAAGGAGCCCGGGCGGCCCUAUAGGGCGCUGGUGCUGACAGGCUUCGGCGGGUACGAGAAAGUCAAGCUGCAGAGCCGCCAGCUGCCUCAAGCCGAGCCCAGCCCCGCCGCGGGCCAAGUCAGCCUCCAGGUGCGGGCCUGCGGGCUCAACUUCGCCGACCUCCUGGCGCGGCAGGGCCUCUACGAGCGGCUCCCGUCGCUCCCCUUCAGCCCCGGCAUGGAGGCCGCCGGCACCGUCGUGGCCGUGGGAGAAGGCGUCGACAGCCCCAAGGUGGGUGAUAAAGUGAUGGUGAUGGCCAGGUCCGGCCUCUGGCAAGAAAUAGUGACAGUUCCGGCCAAUCAGACAUUUCUUAUGCCAGAAGGGAUGAGCUUUGAGGAGGCUGCUGCCUUUCUGGUCAAUUACAUCACGGCCUACAUGGUGCUCUUUGACUUUGGCAACCUGAGACCCAACCAGAGUGUCCUCGUCCACAUGGCAGCAGGUGGAGUGGGAACUGCUGCAGUCCAGCUCUGCAAAACGGUGGAAAACGUUACCGUUUUUGGCACAGCCUCUGCCUCCAAGCAUGAGACCCUCAAGGAGAAUGGAGUCACCCACCCCAUUGACUACCGGGCAUCUGAUUAUGUGGCAGAAGUCAAGAAAAUCUCCCCCAAAGGUUAUCGUUCGUUGAUGCCAGUGGGUGCUUCGGACAGAUGUUUCACCAGAUCAUUCCUGAUGGCAAAGCCAACUCCGUGGCUUAUAAACUAUGGUGUAGCCAACUUGCUAACAGGGCAGAGGAAGAACUUGGUGGCUAUGGCAAAGACCUGGUGGAACCAGUUCAGCAUCAAUGCAAUGCAGCUGCUUCAUUACAACAAGGCUGUUUGUGGCUACCACUUGGGCUACCUGGACGAGGAGUGGGAUCUCUUAACUGGGGUAGUGGCCAAGCUCGUUGAUCUCUACAAUCAAGGCAAAAUCAAGCCAAAGGUGGACUCCGUUUGGCCCUUUGAGCAGGUGGUGGAUGCCAUGAAGCAGAUGCAAGAGAAGAAGAAUGUUGGGAAAGUGGUCCUGGUCCCUGAAGCACCACCGAAGGAGGAAAGCAAGAAAGCAGAGAACUAAAGCAAAGGGGAAUGGGUGGAUUGUCUGACCUCAGGUCCUUAUGUUGGUUUUUGUUGGGUUGGGUUGUUGUCCCCCCUCCCCUUUGGUUCUCCCCAGUUCCACCCUUUUCCCCAAUCCCACCCUCCCCAGUUCCACCCUACGUCCUUUUGAGGGAAGUAGGAAUGGACAGAUCUCUCGCUGCUGUUACUGGAACCAGUGGCAUAAAGAUGGAAGAGAUGAUGCAAAGUUAAAGAUGAUGCAAAUCUCUUGAGCUUCACAAACUCUUCUGGAGGUGGCGCUCAGACAAUUGCACCAUUUUUGUGAACUAAUUGGCUGGCCUUGUUUUAAUUUUGAAAACAUCCUAUUGAUCAUGCACCUCUAUUUUUGUGGGGUCAACCCUUAAAGGAACCUGAAAGCAUCAUAUGGAGGGUAGGGUGGCCAAGGCAGGUGCUUCUACUGCAAUCUCAUAUGGGUUUUUUUUUUCCAACAUCCUUCUCUUUUCCCUCUUACCCACCCACAACUCCAUAUCCUUACCUGAGCCAUUUUACCUCUAGGACCUUUUCUCUUCCCUUCAUCUCCCUCCCACCCCCAAUCUGCCUCUGAGCACACAGUGACUAAUAACUUUCGAGCAUGUAAAACUCCCAUUGUUACAGCAACUAUUGAGUGUUUCUGUGGAAACGAAGCUUCAAAUCUGCCACUUCCGAUGGGCACAUUUAAUAAGCGGAAAAUGCCAGACCUUUUCUCUCUAUUUUUUUGGCAGCUUGGCUGUUGCACAAAAAAGUGGGAUGUGGGGGAGGGAGGAAAGACAAAUUGUGCCUCUGCCACAGAGCCUAGACACUACCGCUGCCUUCUCUUCCGAUACGCAAGUGCCACACUGCAGGACAAGGCCCCUUUCUUUCAGGGACUACAGUUCCCACCAUCCACUGACCAAACAUGGCUGUGGAUAUAAGGAGUUGUAGUCUGAAAAAAGGGAACUUGUCCAAGUACUUCAUGAUACUAUGUAGGCAAACCUCUCACACCGAAAUCCUGCCAUAGGAUUGGAUUUGUGGAAGGAUCUAUAGCUAAACUGUCAUUGAUUUUCUUUCAUGGGGAAGCCUCGCUUUGUGCCCAGAUGAAAUGGGUCAUGUAGGCAAAAUACUUAACGGUGCCAAGCAGCUGACUAGCCUGUAAUCUCAGAUCUGCACUAUCGCAUGCUAGAAAUCAGUUAUUCUGUCAUGGUAAUGGCAUAUGACUUAGCAAGAGGCUGGUCUGAUGUUUUAAUGUACUUUUUUGCCACAUUUAAGAAAUAAACCAUGUUCUAAUCACA